AGGCUCUGAAAGGCGGCCCUCGGCGCCGCUACUAUUUCCUUCGCAUCAUCUACCAGCUCUCGGUGGUUCGACGAAGCAUCUUCCCUUUCUCACUCUCUCUCCCUCUCUCUUUGCGCCAUCCUUUCUUCACUCGUGACUGCCAGCCUCAAUCUCUUUUUCUCCACUUCACCCAGCCUCGUCUCGUCUCGUCCUCGCCCGUCGGGUCGAAUUUCGAUCGGUGUCAGUCGUAUCCGAUCGGCAGUUCAAGUCCGCGAUGGCGUACUUCGGUCAGUUAGGACGCAUGAUGAUGCAGAAGAUCGGGAGCAACGCCUCCCGAUCCGUGCUCUCGCAGAAUGUUGGAGCUGCUGCCGUUCCCGGUCUCUUCCUUCUGCAGAGUCGCGGUAUGGCUUCGUCCAAGCUUUUCAUUGGAGGCCUGUCAUGGGGUACCGACGAGAAAACCCUGAGAGACGCGUUCGCUUCUUUCGGCGAGGUCACCGAUGUGAGAAUUAUCACUGAUAGAGACACCGGCAGAUCGAGAGGAUUCGGAUUUGUGAGCUACACCAGCGACGCGGAGGCCCAGAAUGCCCUGCAAGAGAUGGACGGACGCGAUUUGGCUGGCCGGACCAUCCGAGUCGACUAUGCCACCGAUAGGACGCAAGGAGACGGCGCUGCCGGCGGAGGCUUCGGUGGCCGGCCCGGUGGCUUCGGUGGGCGACCCGGUGGCAACAGACAAGGUGGAGGAGGAGGAGCUGGCGGCGGCAGCGGCUGGAGGGGUUACUGAGCAAUCCGCUCAUCGGCCGUCACCGCGCCUUAUACCAACGAGAGCUUCCGAGAUCUCGAUCUUCGAAAUCUAGAGUGGUUUGAAUUGUGGACGGAUAGUUGUGAAGAUGUUAAGCAAUCUCGUUAUAUGUUCUAGUCGCGCAUGUUGUGAAGGUCCACUGUAGGCUAACUCAAUUUACCGCUGUUGUUCCAUUCCUUCCACACAUUACGCAUUACGGCAAGAUACUGAUAAAGUAGCUAAACCACUUGCUCAAGUUUUUUGUUCUGCCUGGAUAAAGAUUGUCCAUCUGGUGGAUCGGUCACUGUACUCCUCCUGGAUACUGUGGAUUGAGGGAUUGUGGUUGUUACUAUUUGUAAUCUCUACGAGGGGACUUGAUUUGGCUGGACUAAGUGCACCAGGACUCUGAUUGUGAUGAAACUCUCGAAGGAAGGACUAGUUAAUUGUAUCUGCCUCAAUUACUGUGCCUGGAACAUGCAAGACAGUGGAGGAGGAUCGAUGAGUAGGGCUAGUCAUAGUUGUAAGAGUUUCUGGAUCUUGAUAGAAGAUAGCGUGGUCCUUACGUUCUCACUUUCGUGGAGCUUGACAUGAGAUACCCUAUUGUUUCGGGCAACGAGAUGAAUGCUCUUUUGAAGAAAUGAUCCGUUGAUAUUAAUGUCAACGCUGUUACGUACAAUGCCUGAGUUUCAUGAACCCGCGUGAGUUUCCGAUUUCUGGAUGGUAUCUUUGGGGUUUCCGAUUGCUGGAUGGUAACUUUCGGGCUGACGUUCUGUAUGCAGAGUGGUUUUUGGCAAACAGAUUUCUGUCUGUCCGUCACCUUUGAAUGUUAUUGUCGCGGAGGUUGUGGUUUUGGUCAACUGAUACACCGUUUGUGUCCUCCCGCUUUGCCGAGAGUACAGCGCUUUCAAUUCGAUUUCGCCCACCGAAAAAUAGCUCGCAAUUAUUUUAGCUUUCGGCCGUCUAAGCUGUACACUUCUU